AUGGCUCCUGAGGCUCCUAAAGGAGCUCAAGGAGCCACAGAAAACAAAGGAGCUACAGGAGCCACUGGAACUAGAGGAUCAACAGGAGCCACAGGAGCUACAGGAGCCACAGGAGCUACAGGAGCUACAGGAGUCACAGGAGCUACAGGAGCCACACCACAGGAGCUACAGGAGUUAAAGGAGCUACAGGAGCCAAAGGAGUUCCAGGAGCCAGAGGAGCCUCAGGAGUCAGAGGAGCCACAGGAGAUACAGGACCCACAGGAGUUUAAGGAGCCACAGGAGAUACAGGAGCCGUUCGAACAACAGGGGCCUCAGGAGCAACAGGAGCCACAGGAACCACAGGAGUUUAAGGAGCUACAGGAGCCACAGGAGCUACAGGAGCCACAGGAACUACAGGAGCUAGAGGCGCCACAGGAGCUACAAGAGCCACAGGAAAUACAGGAGCCACUAGAACUAGAGGAGCAACAGGAGCCAAAGGAGCUCCAGGAGCCACAGAAGACAAAGGAGCUACAGCAGCCACAGGAAAUACAGGAGCUAGAUGAGCCAGAGGAGCUACAGGAGCCACAGGAAACACAGGAGUUGAAGGAGCCACAGGAGCUAGAGGAGCCACUGGAGCCUGAUGAGCGACAUGAGCUCCAGGAUCCACAGGGGCCUCAGGAGCCACAGGAGCUAAAGGAGCUACAGGAUCCACAGGGGCCUCAGGAGCUAAAGGAGCUACAGGAGCCACAGUAA